AUGAACGAACGCCACUCGCACCGGGGGAUGGUGGAAGCGAGAGUGUCGGCGCUGCGGCGCCUUGCAGCCCAAGACGUGGUGCCAGCAGUGCAGGACGCCGUCUUGCGAAGCAACACUGGGGCGGAGGUGACGCUUCAGCGGGAGGUCUUGGGCCUGGAGUGGCUUGGGAUCAAGCAGCCCUUCCGAUUGCGGCUCCAGGCAGGCGUGCCGUUGCGCGGCAUGGCGACGACACGCCGCCCGCGGCUGCGGCAUCUGGCUUGGGCCUGCCUGGUCCUGGGCGGAGUCCCUUUCGAUGCUCGCAGCUUUGCUUCCGUUGCUUCGCGGCGAGGGGCCCUGGCCCUCCUGGGCAUCGGAACGCCGCUCUUCCCUGCUGGAAGCGGCCGAGCGGCGGCGGCCGAGGGGAUGGACGAGGGGCCCACGGAGGCGGACGUGAGCCUGAUGCAGUCGGCGCUCUCCUCCGUGCGGAAGCUCGGCGACUUCCCAAGCAAGGCCGCGCUGGGCCAGGCAGAGGCGGAGCUGACGGAGCUGCUGCGAAGGUGGCGUCGGCUGCCCGUGGCCCCGAACGAAGUCCCCGCCCUUCUCAGGCGCCGGGCCUUCGUCCGCCUUCGUGCGCAGCGGCCGCAGGAGGCGCAGGCAGAUUUAGUGGAGGCCCUGCAGCUCUGCGAGGCAUCCAAGGCCAACCCCCUUGUCCAGUUUGACGAAAUGCCCAAGGUUCUGGUGGCUCGUGGCAACGUCCUCAGGGCUUUGGAGCAGUGGGAUUCGGCCGUUGCCGACUAUGACCGGGCAGCAGAUCUUUUCGGCGAGCCCCUGGAGGACUUAGAGCUGCUUGAGGGCAGGGCCAAGGCCAAAGUUGGCCAGCAGCAGCCUCUGGCAGCCGCGGAAGACUUCGAGGCGGCCGCGGCGCUGCUGCGUUCCGCAGGCCGCCGCCCCGAAGCCGAGAUCCAAGCGGAGAAGGCCGCCGUGGCGCUCCUGGCGGCGCAGGAGCUGGCCAAGGCAGAGGUCUGCUUCGUGGACGUCAUCCGCCGCUGCGUGGGCCUGCUCAGCAAGGACGUCGGCCUGCUCCAAAGAGUUGUUCAAGCUGAUUCCGACGCAAGGAUGGCAAUGGUCGCCAUUUCCUGGCACAAGGGUGACAUAGAAGUUGCCGAGACGUACUGGCGGGAUGGCUGUGAUCGAUUGAACAUCUUGGCGGAUGAGGCUUCGAAGAACUUGGCCCUGGGCUUCGCCGACGGCGACGUCUACAACUGCACCCGGUACUCCUCGGAUGGCGAGUGGAUUCGGCGAGUGCAGGGAUGGCCUUCGGAGGCCAUCGGAUGGUUCCAGGACUUCUUGCAGAAUCGUCCAGGCAACGCUCCUCCCGAGGGCUAUCUGCAGGACCUCAGCUCCGGCAAGCGGCCCGGCGAGGGCAGCACGCUCAUGGACCUGGCCUUGGCUUCGGACGCCUUCCGUCGGACGGACCCUGUGGCGGAUUUGCAGAGGAACCUUCAGCGGCAGCCGGAGCUCGACCGUCAGCGCCAGACGGCGGAGUUUCAGCGGUGA